AUGGUUCAUUCUUCCUUCUCAGUUGGCAAAUUACUCAGAUCUCACCCAUCUGAUCUUCUUCAACAAUUCGUUUUCUGGCUCCGCCGAAUACCAAAGGAAUUAGGAAACCUGAGAAACCUGCAGGUAUUGGAUUUUGGGAAUAACUUCUUGAAGGGAGAUAUCCCUGAAAGAAUAACUACUUUAUCUGAACUUGGCUUCAGCACCAACAACUUCACUGGCACGACUCCAUCUUGCAUUGAUAAUUUGGUUAAUCUUCAGAAAUUGGAUUUUGGGUUUAACUUCUUGAAUGGAGAUAUCCCUGAAAUUAUUUGCAAUUGCACUUCCUUGUCUGCACUUGGCUUCGACAUCAACAACCUCACUGGUUCAAUCCCAUCUUGUAUUGGUGAUCUGGACCGGCUCAGUCUGAGAUGGAAACUCUCCAACGGUGACUUCAAGAAGUUAGGUGCAGUGGCGAAGGAGAUGGUUGCCCGUCUUGUUCCGAAAAUUCUGAUUAGCUUAAUGGAUGGUGGAUUGUAG